UGUAUUGUCAUUCGUACGAACGACCUACCAUGGUCUCGUUAUCUUCAUAUAAUCUUACAUAGAGCUUUAUCAAGACGUUUUGAAACUUUGUCGUAUGUUUGAAGAAAUCAGAAAACCUGUAAGUGCCCAAGUCAAAACUUUGCAUCGCAAAAUGCAGUCAAUUGAAGGCUUGAAAUGAUGGACUAAAUAGAAGGUAGCGACAUCUAGCGGCGCGCGUUGUGACUAGAAGCAAGGCUGGCAUAGAACCUGCGCGAGAGGCUGCGCCCGCACAGCCGCGCCGCGCCAGCACGCACGCAUGAGCAAACAGCGAGCGAGUAACUUAAACAACAUGCCAAGCAAGGUAUCACUCAUCAGUCACAGUUGACGCUACUCCGUGGACGGUGCUCGCGUGCGCCUCUCCUUAUGCUUUGCUACAAUACGGGGAAGGCAGAGUGCAGAACACAUCACCAGAAUGUGACAUUAUAAGUGCACUAUUUAGUUAAUACUUCCCUUCGCCUUCCCUAGUAACUAACGUCAACAAACUUUUAUUACUUUCUAAAACGUAUUUAAUUUUCCGCGUGUGUCUCGUUCCAAGCUCGCGCCAACAAACGUGUGUGUGUAUAAAUAAAUAUUAAUUUUAUAGUGUGUUAAGUUGUACCAAACAUGACUAUAUCAUACGCCGGUGAAGUUCCCAAUGGCAGCAGUUUCGGAUGUUUCUGGAGGAUCCUUUGCAAAUGGAGAGGCAGCGUGUACAAGCUGGUGUGGCGGGAGCUACUAGCAUAUCUCACACUCUACUACACCAUCAAUUUAUUGUAUCGAUUUGCGCUGACAGAGCAGCAGCAAAGGAUAUUCGAGAAAGUCCGUCAGUAUUUCGGGGCACAGAGCGAGUCGAUACCCAUGUCGUUCGUGCUCGGCUUCUACGUGAGUCUGGUCGUGAAGAGGUGGUGGGAACAGUACAAGCUGCUGCCGUGGCCCGACACCCUCGCCCUCUUCAUCUCAGCGGGAAUCCCUGGAGCGGUUAGUAAAGACGAGACAGGGCGACUUAUGAGAAGAAAUAUUGUGAGAUACGCCAUCCUAGCAUACGUGAUAACUCUUCAAAGGGUCUCCCUUAGAGUAAAGCGACGGUUUCCUACGUGGCAACAUGUCGUCGACUCCGGACUCAUGCUGGAGAGUGAAAGAAAGGUUUUUGAAAAAAUGGAUGGCAAAAGCCCCAUGUCGAAGUAUUGGAUGCCCCUUGUGUGGGCAACGAAUAUAAUAAAUAGGGCAAGGAAAGAAGGAUUGAUAACUAGUGACCAUAUUGUCCAAACGCUACUCGUUGAGCUUUCUGACAUCAGGCGGCGACUGGGGGCACUCAUAGGUUACGACACCGUGUGUGUUCCUCUCGUGUAUACCCAGGUGGUAACUCUGGCUCUCUACACGUACUUCGUGGCAGCACUGAUGGGGCGACAGCUGGUGCCUCCAGCCCCAGGCAGCACCUCCAAAUACGAACCCGAUGUAUAUUUUCCACUUUUUACCGCUUUACAGUUUUGCUUCUACGUUGGCUGGUUGAAAGUGGCGGAGGUGCUUAUCAAUCCUUUUGGCGAGGACGAUGACGAUAUAGAGCUAAAUUGGCUCAUAGAUAGGCAUAUAAAGGCAGCCUACAUGAUCGUUGACGAAAUGCAUGAGGAACAUCCUGAGCUUUUAAAGGACCAGUACUGGGAGGAGGUGGUCCCUAAGGACUUGCCGUACACCGUGGCUUCAGAGCACUACCGGCGCCACGAGCCGCCCUGCUCCGCCGACCAUUACAAAGUGAAGGCUGAAGACGCAGUCUACGCUAAUGUUCAGGCCCCCAGAAAGAGCCACGAUGAGACGUAUGCAGACUAUGAAAGUGUCGACACACCCUUAGUGGAAAGAAGAAAGAAUUGGUUCCAAAGACAAAUAUCGAGAAUGGGGUCAGUGAGGUCUGCGUCUACAGCAUAUUCUUCAGGUGGUCUAUUCGGUCGGAACCGGCACAACUCGGUGGUCUACUCGAGCCCCGAGGCCGGGCAGCCGGUGGCGCCGCCCCCUCCCCACCACAAGAUGUCGCUGUACGAACGCCUUGUUGGCCGCAAGUCUGGACGUGGACAGCAUAGACAAAAUUCAAGACAUGGCGGGCAAAAAAGUAAUGGCUCAGCUGUACCAAUAACUCUACGUAACCGACCACGCAUCCCAACACCCGAUGUGACGAAAGAAGUAAUGGAUCGCGAAAACAGAAUCGCCAUGGGAAUGCAAAACAUGGGCGUCAUCAUGGCUCACCAGGGAUAUCAGAACGAGGUGCCUGUUCUCGGAGCGCUUGUUUUGUCGCCCAUUCAAGAGCUCGAUAGUGGGUCGGUGAACAAUACGCUGCACGCGGGGCAGCCUGGGACAACAGCGUUAGCUCAGGCGGUGUUGUCGCCUGCCCUGACCGCGGGUGGUAUGCCGCCAAUGAUCGCCGCAGCGCCCGUUACACUGGGGGUGUCGCAGCUGACGUCGCUGGUGAACUCGACGCCGUCCACGCCGCGCGCGGAGAGGGGCGCGGCCGACGGGUCCGGGGGCUCCCCGCACUCCCCGCGCGCCACCGUCACCGAGCUGCCCCCCUCCGACCGCGACAGCGAGCACAGCACUGCCAGCACGGGGACCCCGCCCGAGCUCACCAGGAAACGCAGCAGCUCCAAGCGAGGAGAAGUCUACGUAUAAGGAAUACACGUGGUGCUUAUGAAAUUGUGAUUGAUAACAUUUUAUUGGUCGAGUUUUUCGUCUGAUAUUUUAGUACCUACAUGUACUUGCGUACCUACUCAAUACGAUUGAUAUGAGAGAGCUCAUUUAUAUUUGUUAGUCGAUUUCCAUUGUGUUAAUGGAUUGAAUUUUACGCACAGACAGGGAUUGAAUUGUAUAGAUUUAUAUAAAGUAUUUUUUAUUAUA